AUGUCCAAAGUCUUUUUCGAUGUCGAGGCCGAUGGCCAGCCAUUAGGCAGAGUUACCUUCCAAUUGUACAACGACGUGGUCCCAAAGACCGCAGAGAACUUCAGAGCUCUGUGCACCGGCGAGAAGGGGUUCGGUUUCUCCGGCUCCCCAUUCCACAGAGUCAUCCCAGACUUCAUGUUGCAAGGUGGUGACUUCACCAACGGGAACGGUACCGGUGGUAAGUCCAUUUACGGUGGCAAGUUCCCAGACGAGAACUUCACCAAGAAGCACGAGAGACCCGGUCUUUUGUCCAUGGCCAACGCCGGUCCAAACACCAACGGCUCCCAGUUCUUCAUCACCACCGUGCCAUGCCCAUGGUUGGACGGGAAGCACGUCGUCUUCGGCGAGGUCGUCGACGGCUACGACGUCGUCAAGAAGGUCGAGUCGCUAGGUUCCCCAUCCGGCGCCACCAGAGCCAGAAUCGUCGUUGCCAAGUCCGGUGAGUUGUAA